UAGCAACAAGUCAUUAGGACGCUCGAAAGGGGAUUGGCAAUCCUUCCUUUAUGGAGCGCUGGCAAACACGACAAAUAAGGAGUGGCCGUCGGUUGGCAGUGGAACUAAGGGCUACACAGGCGACUAUCCUGACCUGGAGCUAAACCAGCGUUCAGCAGUCACUAUCGGACCGCGAGUGGGUCAGCAUGGGGAACAAGAUUGUAACGUUUUCCGAUCAGCAGCUAGAGGACUAUCAGGAUUGUACGUUUUUCACGAGGAAAGAAAUACUGCGUGUGCAUCAGCGUUUCCAUGAAGCCAGUCCCGACCUCGUACCGUUGGUGAUGAAUGAGGGUCAGGCAUCCUCCAUUCAGGUGCCGCGGGAACGCAUCGAACGGUUACCCGAGUUGGUCGAGAAUCCAUUUAAAGGGCGCAUGUGUGAGGCGUUUUCGCGCGACGGCGAUGGUAACCUUACGUUUGACGACUUUCUCGAUCUGCUAUCGGUGUUCAGUGAGCAGGCUCCGCGGGAUAUUAAGGUGUAUUAUGCGUUCAAAAUCUAUGACUAUGAUCGAGAUGGUUUCAUCGGUCAGUCUGAUCUGCUGCAAGUCAUUACGGCGCUGACACGCAACGAACUGAGUGUAGAGGAACACCAGCAGAUUGUGGAAAAGGUAAUCGAAGAGGCGGACGUGGACGGUGAUGGCAAACUAUCGUACCUGGAGUUUGAACACGUGAUAACGCGUGCACCGGACUUCAUUUCAACGUUCCAUAUUCGCAUAUAG